AUGAUUGAAUGGAUUGUGGAAAACAGUCUUGGUAUGCUUCCAGUCGUGAUGGAAAGGCAUAUGCAUCAAUAUCUAUCUCAAUCUAUCAGUUACUCAGGUAAUACAUCUGCUCUGCAUCGCAAUUGCCAGAAUGAAUGCUCAGUCACGUACAUCCAAGCAAUAUAUGCAAAGAGCAGCGUUAUACAUCCUGCAUCUAAAUUCAUUGUCAGAGGAUAUCAAUGGAACCGUGGCAUUACAACCAGGAUAUGCUUUGAAACAGCACUCUCACAUAAUCAGAUAUAUUCUACUUUAGACACAAAUGCAUCCAAAAUCACACACUUUACAUGUUUUGAUACAACAGUGAUCUAUAUGCUCAUGGUUACUCCAGAAGCGCCACUUAGAACAUUCUACUGCUGCUUUAAUGGCUGUAAUCUACUAAAAAGCCAGCACAUCAGAAUAUACGAGCUUGUGCUAUUUCAAGACACAUAUUUAUACCAACUCGAAGACUGCACUUCAUACGAGUUCGUUAUGAAACACAUAAACACUAAAAGUAGGCAUAGCUCACAGCGCAACAUCCAUUACAACUGGACUGGCAUAAAUGCUCAAGAUCACAUCAAACCUGAAGAAUGCAUCGUCCAAUCAUCCUUGGAUGGACUUAAAUACACAGUUCAUGGAUGUUGUUGUGUAUUUUGCUUCAAAAGGUUCCAAAACAUUGCAUCGUUGGCAUUUCACAUAAAUCACAUCCAUUCAGGUUACCAAUGCGCCAUCGAUAACGAAUCAUCCGUACUCACAAAAACAAUAGUGCACAUCACAGAAGAAUCUAAUGUGCAAGUUCAAAAUACUAAACUUCACAAAAACAUCUUUUAUGUCUCUAAAAACUACAAACGAUACAGAAAGCAGUGGAAGCAGAGCAUAGACUUGGAUACAUUAAAAAAUAUCUCCAGCAAUAUAUGUGAACACAGUCAAUCUACACUCAGUCAUCUGCUCUGCAAGAAUAUCAACCUUACUCAAAAUCAAGACUUAAAUAAUUUGAUGACAAAAUGGAACACACUCAGGAUACAUCAGAACGCAAUCAUACAGGACAUGGAGUUCAUGAUCAACCACGAAAAGGAUAAUCCAGAAAUAAUCAACUUCUUAAUUGCCUUGUAUCAUAAAUCUAUCAUAAACCCUGAUGAACUAGUAAGACUAUUAUAUCUUUUAUUUCAGAAUAAAUCAAGUAUUCAAUGA